AUGGCCAAUAACACGGACAUAGAUCACCAGCGGCGGUCGGUCGAAACUCGAGUCGUCUCCGAUACCGAGAGUAAUGAUGUCGCCUCUCAGCUGCAGCAUGCGCAUCGGCAGUCUCAAGAUGAAGGCAGUAUCGAUGCCUGGCUUGCCAUCGCAGGCUCCUUCCUGGUCUACUUCUCGUCGUUCGGAAUCAUGAACAGUUUCGGUUAUUUCCAGUAUUUAUAUCUCUCAGGGUUUUUGCGAGACUAUGCCACCUCGGAAAUCGCGCUUAUCGGCACAAUGCAGCUUGCAUUGAUGUAUCUCACGGGUCCAGUUGUGGGUUCGCUAUACGAUGCAUAUGGAACAAAGUAUCUUUAUCCGGUUGGCGCCUUGGGGUGCUGUCUCUCCUUGAUCACGCUUUCCUUUACGCAACCCAACCACAUAUGGCAGCAGUUUCUCUGCCAAGGCCUAUUGUUCGGGCUGACCGUUGCUUGCGGCGUUCAACCUGCUCUUACAGUGAUUGCAAAGUUGUUUAAACGCAGAAAAGCAUUGGCAAUGGGUCUCGUUGCGUCUGGAAGCAGUGCAGGCGGCGUAUGCUAUCCAAUCAUGUUCUCCCGAUUGGUUCCUCGUAUUGGAUUUGCGUGGUCUCUCCGAGUUGGCGCGCUAACAUCUCUUUUCUGUUAUACCGUAGCAUGGUGCAUAACCAAGACAGAUCACACGUCAAAGCCAUUGUCGUCGCUCAGCUGUUUAUUUGACUAUAGUGGAUUCAAGGAUGUUCGAUACGUUUGCCUUUCUUUGGGCAGCUUCUUGGCAAAUCUGGGCUUGUAUGGGCCCUACUACUAUGCAGAGCCUUUUUGCGCAUUCCUUGACCCGACUGCCAAAAUUAAGCCAUAUUUGCUACCACUUAUCAAUGCAUCUAGUUUCGUCGGUCGAAUUAUAGGAGGUCAUUUCGCCGAUACCAUCGGCCGUCUGAACCUUUUGUAUCCCAUGACAGUUUUAUCCGGAUUACUGUCACUACUAAUGUGGCGGUCCGCCCUGAAUGUCGGUACCCUGACUGCGUUUGUGUGUCUGUAUGGUUUCUGUUCGGGUGUCUUCAUAUCCGUCAUGCCGGCAGCAACCAGCCAAAUCGUCCCCGACGACAAAUUAGGGGCGCAGCUGGGCGCGUUUUCGUCUCUUACAGCCAUUGCCGUCUUCGUGGGUACGCCUAUCGCUGGGUCGUUGAUCAAAGAUGAUUCUGUCCCGGGAUAUAUGCCUCUCGUCACAUAUUCAGGGUCUACCAUGCUCGCUGGAGGAGUCAUGCUGUUGAUUGGUCGAGUGCUUCAUGGCAGGGAUCUGCGUAAGAAAUGGUGA